ACACCCCAACAGAGAAUUCUGUUUUGAUUUGAAAUAUGAUAUCACAUGAUUCAGUCAGUGUCAAGGAAGAUUUGAGAGCUUGUGGCUGCUGGUCUUAAACUGCGAACCUCAAAAUGGACCUGGAGCAAACCGCCAAUUUGUUGCUGUCAAAAAAAGAACAGCUGCUACAGGAGAAUGAGCAGCUGAAGUCGCUGUUAAGUGUAGUUAAGGAAAAUGUUGACCUGAGAGCCAGGAUGCAGAGCUUCAACAAUGAUAAUCUGGAGGCGUCAUCAGUUUGCUUCCUGCCAGGAAGAAACCCCUCCACUCUGUUGAAAACCACCCUCGAUGAGAGGCAGUUCAGAAAAGACUUAGAUCAGACCAAACUCCAACAGGAGCGUCGAACCUUGUCCCCCACUGACUUCUGGUCUUUCAUCCAAAACUCGGCUCACGCAGACACAUGUGAGAGGUCUCACAGCGGCCAGGCUGAUGUGGCUCUUGAGGGCAACGCCAGGAUCCUGGGAGAGAUUGUUUUACAACUGGACAGGAGGAUUCUGUCUCAUGUCUUCCAGGGCCACAGGAGGCUUUAUGGUUUCACAGUGCAGAACAUACCAGACAAGAUCAUAGAGGUUAGCACAAAUCCACUGAUGGGGAAGGUGGAUAAAGGCUAUCAGCGUCACCUCACUCAGAGGUAUGAUGACCUCAUGGAGCAGUUGAAUCAGCUCGGUUACAAGAAGACACUUCACCCUCAAUUCUCUGAAUUCAUCAUCAACACUUACGGGAUCCUGAAGGGGAGGUCUCGAGAAUUCAGAACUCAGCAAGUGGGCUACAACAACCCGGAGACUCUGAAGAUGCUCAUAAUGACCACUGCUCCGAUAAAACUUCAGGAGAACCUGCAGCUGCUGCUCAAAUGUCUCUGCAACAUGGCCAAGAACGACAAAAAGCCUCUUCUUCUCUGGUAGACAUGAGUGUAAUCAGAUUUACAAGCUUGCACCAUCCACAAAUUAGAAAUAAACAUUGGUAAAUGGCAUGAGAAGAUACAUUUUAUAAUUGUUAUACUUUGCAACCUGUAAUAAAACAUCU